GAGCGCGCCGGGGCCCGCAGUCGCCGCCCGGGUCCGAAGAGCCAGAGCCCCGAGCGCAGAGCCGGCGCCCGCCAUGAGGGAGAUCGUGCACAUCCAGGCGGGCCAGUGCGGGAACCAGAUCGGCACCAAGUUUUGGGAAGUGAUCAGCGAUGAACACGGCAUCGACCCAGCCGGAGGCUACGUGGGUGACUCGGCGCUGCAGCUGGAGAGAAUCAACGUCUACUACAAUGAGUCAUCCUCUCAGAAAUACGUGCCCAGGGCUGCCCUGGUGGACUUGGAGCCUGGGACCAUGGACAGUGUGCGGUCUGGGCCUUUUGGGCAGCUUUUCCGGCCUGACAACUUCAUCUUCGGGCAAACGGGCGCAGGCAACAACUGGGCCAAGGGCCACUACACGGAGGGCGCCGAGCUGGUGGACGCGGUGCUGGACGUGGUGCGGAAGGAGUGUGAGCACUGCGACUGCCUGCAGGGCUUCCAGCUGACGCACUCGCUGGGCGGCGGCACGGGCUCGGGCAUGGGCACGCUGCUCAUCAGCAAGAUCCGCGAGGAGUACCCCGACCGCAUCAUGAACACCUUCAGCGUGAUGCCGUCGCCCAAGGUGUCGGACACGGUGGUGGAGCCCUACAACGCCACGCUGUCGGUGCACCAGCUGGUGGAGAACACGGACGAGACCUACUGCAUCGACAACGAGGCCCUGUACGACAUCUGCUUCCGCACCCUGAAGCUGACCACGCCCACCUACGGCGACCUCAACCACCUGGUGUCGGCCACCAUGAGCGGCGUCACCACGUCGCUGCGCUUCCCGGGCCAGCUCAACGCCGACCUGCGCAAGCUGGCCGUCAACAUGGUGCCCUUCCCGCGCCUGCACUUCUUCAUGCCGGGCUUCGCGCCGCUCACGGCCCGCGGCAGCCAGCAGUACCGCGCGCUCACCGUGCCCGAGCUCACGCAGCAGAUGUUCGACGCCAAGAACAUGAUGGCCGCGUGCGACCCGCGCCACGGCCGCUACCUCACGGUGGCCGCCGUCUUCCGCGGCCCCAUGUCCAUGAAGGAGGUGGACGAGCAGAUGCUGGCCAUCCAGAACAAGAACAGCAGCUACUUCGUCGAGUGGAUCCCCAACAACGUGAAGGUAGCCGUGUGCGACAUCCCGCCGCGCGGCCUCAAGAUGGCCGCCACCUUCAUCGGCAACAGCACGGCCAUCCAGGAGCUGUUCAAGCGCAUCUCGGAGCAGUUCUCCGCCAUGUUCCGGCGCAAGGCCUUCCUGCACUGGUUCACGGGCGAGGGCAUGGACGAGAUGGAGUUCACCGAGGCCGAGAGCAACAUGAACGACCUGGUGUCCGAGUACCAGCAGUACCAGGACGCCACGGCCAACGACGGAGAAGAAGCCUUUGAAGACGAUGAAGAGGAGAUCAACGAGUAGAGGAGCGGCCGAGCCUCACAGACCGCGACCCAGAGGCUUAACUCCGGGGCCUGUGACCCCGAGGGCCCCUGCAAGGCGCUCAGCUCUAAAUACCUGGGUAGAGGCCCCUCACCAACGCAACGAAAUUCCUCUGGAAGGAAGGAAGUACACGGAAAAUCGGCAGCCCUGUCCUACCCAAUCAAAACCUCAGGUGACAGACUUCCUGCUGGAGGACUCCCAACGACAAUUGGGCCACCAGUGAAGGGCUAAAUGGAUUGACCUCUCACCCUGUUAAGCGUUCAGCCUUGCUGAGAAUUAGCCAGGAGGUUAGAAACCGUCUUUUUCAUCCUUUGUGAUGGGAUCUGAAGCUGUGCAGUGUUGCCUUAGAACUUUAAAACAACCUAUUCAUAAUAAAACACUGAAACUCC